GAGCCACUAUCCAGGAGAGACUCCCUCUCAGCGACUGUGGGGAAGACAGUACCCUCUCCUGCCAAGAUGAAGCUGCUGUUGCUGGGUCUGGGGCUGAUUCUAGUCUGUGCCCACGAGGAAGGAAAUGAUGUUGUGAGAAGAAACUUCGAUGAUUCGCAGAUUUCUGGAUAUUGGUAUUCCAUUCUCUUGGCCUCUGAUGUCAGGGAAAAGAUAGAAGAAGGUGGUAGCAUGAGAGUUUUUGUGAAACACAUCGAAGUCCUGAGCAAUUCUUCUCUGCUCUUUAACAUGUAUACAAAAGUGGAUGGAAAGUGUACUGAAAUUUCUCUGGUUACUGACAAAACAGAAAAGGAUGGUGAAUAUAGUGUUGUGUAUGAUGGAUACAAUUUAUUUAGCAUUGUUGAAACAGACUACACUGACUAUAUUAUAUUUCAUCUUGUGAAUUUCAAGGAGGAGCACACAUUCCAACUGAUGGAACUCUAUGCUCGAGAACCAGACGUGAGUGAAGAAGUCAAGAAAAGGUUUGUGAAAUAUUGCCAAAAACAUGGAAUUGUUAAGGAAAACAUACUCGACCUGACCAGAGUUGAUCGCUGUCUCCAGGCCCAGGGGAGCGAAGAGGACCAGGACUCCAGUGCUGAGUGAAUACUUCCUCAUCUGGGCUCCAGGAUCUUCCCUUCCAUGGUCCCCACGCCAUCUAGUAACAAGUUUUGAUUUCCAUUAUCACUUGUGGAAGAAUUAGCUCUGUCUGCACUUUCAGGAUCCUCCCUAAUUG